UAGCACAGUUAGUAAUUUAACUAAAACAACUCACAGCUAUCAAAUUUUCCAUAUAUUAAAAGUUACAGAUUUCAGUGAAAAUGUGCGAAACAUUCUGUGAUGAUUUGGAGAGCUUCAAUCCGGAAGCGGAAUUUCUAAAAUUUAUCAAACGUAAGCCGGUGGUGCAGACGGCCAAGCUCUAUGAGAACUUGCACAAGCGUGAGGACAUCAAAUGUCCCUACAACUUCAAGGGGUACGGCGUUGAGAAGGACACCAAUACCAUGUACCGCACUUGCAACUCUGAAUAUGGUUACUAUGCACCCAAUGCCUAUACCAUACCGACGCGUUUCUUCCCCCUCUCCCAGAGAUUUUCCAACGAUGUUGUGCGCUUUGGGAUGUAUCGAAAUUUCUCGCUGAAUACCCACAUGGAUCGAACAUUCUAUUGAGAUUCGGGCGCCUUCAAUCCGAAACAAAGUUCAUGUUUUUAUAUUUGUAUUUACAAGAAGUCGGCACUGCGAAUGAUGUAUUUCGGACCACUUCAAAUUUUUAUACCGCGUCCUCGAUUUUCAAUAAUGCAUGAAAUACUUGCCACUAAAUUAAGCCUGCCUAUAUUCAGAAUAUUUAGGA